AUGGCGGUGGCUCUGGACGAAGUGUGGGGGCGGGUGAAGAAUGUCUGCAAACAGAACGGACUACUCAUCCUGUCUGUGCUGGCCGUGGUCAUUGGCUGCCUGCUGGGCUUCUUCCUCAGAGGCAAGCAGCUCUCUGAGCAGGAGGUGAAGUACUUCCAGUUUCCAGGAGAGCUGCUGAUGAGGAUGUUGAAAAUGUUAAUUUUGCCCCUUGUCGUAUCCAGUUUGAUGUCAGGUUUGGCUGCAUUAGACGCCAAGUGCUCCAGCCGCCUGGGCAUCAUGACCAUUUCCUACUACCUCUGGACCACCUUUGUUGCCGUGGUAGUGGGCAUUCUCAUGGUAUACAUCAUCCACCCGGGUGGAGCUGCUCAAAAGGAGGACUCUGAUGAGAGCAAGAAGCCAAUGACCAGCUCUGCUGACGCGCUGCUGGAUCUCAUCCGCAACAUGUUUCCAGCCAACCUGGUUCAAGCCACUUUUCAACAGUAUCGAACCCAGAGAGUCCCUGAGCUCAUCCCCAAACCAACGGUGGCUCAGCUCCUGGAUGAGAGCACUACGCGCAGGGUCUACAUCUACGGCAUCCAGGAUGACAACGGCACGGAUGUCCAGAAUUUCUCCCUGGAUCUUACGCCGCCACCUGAUGUCAUCAUGAAAACAUCACCUGGUACCAGCGAAGGCAUGAACGUGCUGGGGAUUGUAAUUUUUUCCGCUACCAUGGGAAUAAUGUUAGGAAGAAUGGGACCCAAUGGAAGCGCUUUGGUCAACUUCUGCCAAAGUGUGAAUGAGGCAGUUUUGAAGAUUGUUGCCAUUGUCAUCUGGUAUUUCCCCUUUGGGAUCGUGUUUCUGGUUGCCGGUAAGAUCUUGGAGAUGGACGACCCUUCGGCCAUGGGGAAGAAGCUGGGUUUUUACGCCAUUACGGUGGUAAUGGGCUUGGUGCUACACGGUCUAUUCAUCCUCCCGGCAAUGUACUUUUUCAUCACUAAGAAGAGCCCUAUCGUUUACAUCAGAGGCAUUCUGCAGGCCCUGCUCAUCUCCUUGGCCACCUCCUCCAGCUCUGCCACUCUGCCUAUCACCUUCAAGUGCCUCCUUGAGAACAACCACAUCGACAGACGCAUCAUCCGCUUCGUGCUGCCUGUCGGGGCCACCAUCAAUAUGGACGGCACCGCACUCUACGAGGCCGUGGCAGCCAUCUUCAUCGCCCAAGUGAAUAAUUAUGAACUUGACUUUGGACAGAUCAUCACAAUCAGCAUCACUGCCACUGCAGCCAGUAUCGGUGCAGCAGGAAUCCCACAGGCUGGACUCGUAACCAUGGUGAUCGUGCUGACCUCUGUGGGUCUGCCCACCGAUGACAUCACUCUCAUCAUUGCUGUUGACUGGGCUUUGGAUCGAUUCAGGACCAUGGUCAAUGUGAUGGGUGACGCACUGGCCACAGGCAUUAUGGCUCACAUCUGCAGAAAAGAUUUUGUCAAAGAAGGGGAGCAGGUGCCUCUGAUCUGUGAAACUAAGCCCAUGAUAAGCAUCCAGCAGAUGAUGACCUACCAGAACCAGAAGAAUGGCUGCUACCAGCCGCCUCCACCAGGCAGCAAGCAGGGCCACCUCUCCCCGGACGUGGCUCGCCUGAUGCAGCUGGAGGAGGGCAUCCGGCCUCUAGAGAGGAAGAAACACGCUCACUCCUCUCACCACAAGAGGGAGCACAGGGACAAGGACCACUGUUCCGUUGAUAUGAAUGGGCUGGAGACUAACGUAUAGAAGCAGCUGCCCUGCUAACUGCUACUGGCACGUCUACAGCUGCAGGAGAGGAGGACAAAUUAAAGAUUGAGGUGACUCACGCUUUUUCCCCUCCGAGAAGGAGAGCAGCCCAGGGUGGAUGAAUGUAGAUGACCCUGGGAAAAAAAAACAAGACAAUUUUUCUUUUUCUACAUAACCUAAAUAAUGACCUGCAUUUCAUUGUGUGUGUAUGUGUGUGUGUGUGUGUGUACAUAUUCAUCAGAGAUGUAUUAUAUGUUACAAGCAGUGAAUGCUGCUCUACUCUAGCUGAAGGACAUUUCAAAUCCAAGAGCUGAUGCCCAUCCCAAAGGAGCGGAAAUAGCAAACACAAUAUCCAUCCAUCCAUCUUCGUCCGCUUAUCCGGUUUCGGGUCGCGGGGGGAGCAGCUCC